CAUGACCUUUUCAAGAUGGACACGAGUAUACUCGGUGGUACAAUCCCGCGUGCGACGUAAACGUGCCAUCAUAAAUAUAUAUAUUCUCAAGCAUAAUAAUAACAACUACAAUAUAAUUCCAUACUUAAUAACUUUAUAAUUAUAAUAAUAGACAAUAAAAAUACCGUGACGUUGUUUGCGUUUUAUAAAAUAGAGUGUAAAGUGUCUAGAUCAAGGGAUUAAAAACAGAAGUGACGCUGCGUCGUGGUGGCAGUAACGACAGCGAUUAAAUAUGUAUAAAUUUUGGUGAAAAAAAAAAAAAAAAUUACCGCCAUGUAAACAAUUUGAGUUUAAAUAAAAAAUUUAGUAACGAAGAAAAGUAAUAAGUAAUAAAAGUAAAAUAAAAAUAAAGACGGGUUUUUUUACUAAAACGGCGAUGUCUUCAAAUCGGGGCCAGUCAUCACCGUCGAAGGGUCCGAUAGUAAGAUGCGGACAUCUCCGUAAAAGUGGGUCCCUUAUAUCGGGACUUAAGCCUCUGAAGAAAAAGUACUUUGUGCUGCGCGGAGAUGCUCCAGGACAUCCGGCCUGCCUUGAAUACUAUGAUAACAAGAAAAAGUUUGACAACAAACAUCAGCCGAAGCGGACGAUAACUAUGAAAAGCUGCUACAAUAUUAAUCGACGCAAUGACACUAAACAUAAGCAUGUUAUCGCGCUUUACACUAAGGACGGAUGUUUUUCACUGAUCCUCGACAAUGAUAAAGAAGUUGAUGAGUGGCUUACUUCCAUGCUUCUACUCUCUGGUGAUGUUCCUGAUGGUGAACAACCUCGUCCCACAUUUGAACACGUUUGGGAAGUUACUUUACAGAAAAAAGGUCUUGCUGAACGUAUGAAUAUAUAUGGAUCUUACCGUCUUUGUUUGACUGAUCACUCGCUGAGUUUAAUAAAAGCUGGGGACAAAAAGUCUGACUGCCUUGAAUUUCCAUUAACAACAGUAAGAAGAUGCGGUUGUAUGGAGCGUUAUUUUUACAUGGAAGUCGGGCGAUCAGCAGUGACCGGAGAAGGCGAGUACUGGAUGAAGGUCGAAGACGCAAAUAUUGCUCUGAAUAUGCACACCGCGAUACUGAACGCCAUGAGCAGCAACGCGAGCAAUCGCGACAAAGAUGACUCAGGAUCUCUGUCAUCUAAAACGCGAAUGCGGAGUUUUUCCGCUAAUGAAGCGAGCAAACCUAUCACUGUACUAGGUGGCCGUCGUCCUACUCCGAAGCUUCAUGGGUUUUCUCCUCUAGAAGAGCAAACAGAUCACGAGGAUCCAUCGGUACUUAAUGGACUUGUACUGGAUAAUAGAGAGCUCAAUACUGUAUCUGGUACUUCAUCAAUCAGUCGUAGUCAGUCACAGAUUCAAACGGGAAAUUUACUUACGGUUGGUGCAGGAACUAGAAGCCUUGGGACGUACGCACUUGGUUGCUCAUCUACUAAAAGACGUCAUUCAUUAGCGAGUCAGUCAAUCUGUAGCACAACCAGUACCAAUAAAUCCCAAUCCAUAAUAACUGAUGCUGCAUCACCAAUUUCAUCUCCAUCAACAACAACAACUACUACAACUACUUGUAUAUCAACAACAACAACAACAAUCAACACAAACUCUUCGACAAAAUCCCAUCAGAGAACCCUGUCGCUGCCCUUAGCCGCUGUUAUCAAUCAAUCGCAAUCAUCCAAAAGACCCGUACUGCGCUGUACAGGUCGUGAUCGUUGCGACAGUCUUCCGUCACGAGCUCGUACGUCGAGCGAAGGAUUACCUGCACCUUUACUACCUCACCCGCGAACGAGUCACUUGACGCCUCACUCGACUCGCCCGCACUCGAUGUACACCCGGGGGUUGUCUUACUCGCCUCCAGUCUCGUCGAUGCCAAUCAGCCCAGCAUCGAUUGCCUGCUCGACGGAUUCUGCCGGUUCCUCAUUAUCGAUGGAUGACCAAACAGACAUUCUCGACGAGAGUGUGACGACCGGCCGUUACGGGCACUCGCUCACCCCCGACGAGCCAGUGAUCCUCGAAGAAAACAUGGACGACUACGCCCACUGGUCCACCAGCUCCCACUUGCAGCAAAAAUACUCGCCCAACUUCAAGUCUCACUCGUCAUCUCAGCAGAGUUCUUACGUCGAAAUGUACAGUCCCUGUGGUUCGAGCCCCGGUCGCGGAGGAACCAUAGGAACUGGUCCAGGUCUAGGACCUCUGGUAAAUAAUAUCACCGGAAACUGUCCCAAUGCUGGGACAUAUUUACCAAUGAGUCCAGCGACGACAGUCCACAGUCAUUCUCAUUCGCGUGCGUCUUCUCUUAUUGAAGAGGCGACGUUGCCUGACGGUUACGUUCCGAUGGCUCCAGUUGGUGACGAUGAGUACGUCGACAUGGAUCCUGCGACAAAUCAAAACGGUCAUUCAUAUCACGACGACAUGAUGUCACAACAUGGUAGCAGUUGUUCAGUAACAUCUGGUACACCCAGCACUGAUUUACGUUUUAGCGAGUACCCAUUGGAUAAAGUUAGCAGCUAUUUGACACCGUCUGAGGACGAUCCGACGAGACCAACGCGUGCCUAUUCUGUUGGAUCACGUCCAGAACCAGCGAAUCGCCACCGCAAAAAUCGUAUUGAUAUUGCGGUACAAGAAGCGAGUCGUGUACGUGCCUUUAGUGUCGGUAGCCGUUCAAAACGCCCGGAAUUGGGACGUUUAGCUGCCAAUAUACACGCACGUUUGCCUACAACCGACACCACCGGUUCCCAUAAGUCUAAUUCAGCGCCACUGCUGUCGAGCUCCUGGGGACAUGCUUCCGGAUGCUCAGCUACUCUAGAUCGAAUGGAGGACUUGAUGGAAAUGGACUUUUCACGGAAUGUGCCGCCUACGACACUCUCAUCCACGCCGUCUUCGUACUCACAUUCACACUCUCAUUCGCAUUCUUAUUCCACUGCCACUGAUAAUAGCUCGUACAUGGAUAUGUCUCCUGGGCAACCUCAUCCGUCUGUUAAUGCUCCUUAUGUUGAUAUGAGUGGCAUUAAUAAGAUAAAUCGUAAUAAUAAUAAUAACAACAAUAACAAUAAUAAUAAUAAUAAUAAUAAUAAUAACAACAAUAACAAUAACAACACAACUGCCAAUCAUAAUCAUAUUUCAAUGCAUACAUCGACAAUAACAAUGAUGCAUAAGCCAAUAAUAAAGACUUUGAAGCCAGUUGUCGAAGCCGAAGGACCUUUUGCACGAAUGGAAAAUUCAUUGGACGAGUUGUUGCCGCGUAACGCGAGUCCUAAACAAAAUGUCGAGGCUUCUUCCCCCAUGCAAGAGGACUACAUGCAGAUGAACGGUCCACCGGGUGUAAUGCGAACUGCACCAGUCGAUUUUCCUCAACCGCGCAAGCCACCUGAGGGCUACGUGGAAAUGAACUUCAAAGCGCGUCCUAAUUUAGAGCAGAAUUACAUCAACAUGACAAUGGGAACCGGUCUGCGAACGCGUCGUCGUUCCCGGCCGAACAAUCACCGCAAAGAUAAGUCCCAAAGAUCGCAACCCAUCGCUAUAAUGUCAAAUAAACCGGUGCAGGCUCCAAGUUUCCUACCGUUGAACGGUAGCUCGACUUCCGAAAGUUGUGCGAGCACCCCGGUAUCGAUGGACGACGUAACGCCAACGUCCUCGGCAACAAUUUUUCCGUUCUCGCUCAACAGCCCACAGUCGCCUGUGAAACCUUUCCUAGGUCGCUCACACGAUAACGAUAACAAUAAUGAAGAGGACAAGACCAAGAGCAUGACAACGUCGUCGGAAUGUUCACCCGACGGAGACUACGCUCUUAUGACACCUGGAAUAAAUUCCAGUAAUUCUGCAGCUGGUGAUUGCGACGAAAUGGAACGAUCGAGUCCAACCCAAUUUAAUAAUAAAAAAAAUGAACCGCUGAGUCCGUUGUCUAAGCGGUUAACUGAACUAACUGUAAGUAAAACACGUUCGUCUACAAUAAAUAUAUCGUCAACGUCAUCGUCAAUAAAAGAUGACAAGACAGAAACAAAAAGUCUCAAGCGCGAGCGCGAUGAGAAACCACCGAGUCCAAUAAAUCGUGACAAGUCAUCCGAAUUACCCCAGAGUCCGGUUGCUAAAAAAUUGUCUGAGCUCACGGUAUCGAAAGUAAAAUUAAAUAAUUCGCAGAAUUCAACCACCGGAUCCUGUAAUGUCGCGUUAAAAAAUUCAAUGUCACUUGGUGGUACGUCAUCGUCAUCUUGUUCGUCUAAAACGACGUCGCCUAAAGUGUCUGAUGAUACGACACCGACAUUAACACCAACUGCCACUCCUACACCAACUCCAAGUCCCCUUGACUCUGAGGGAUACGAAAAAUUACAACCGGGCGCGAGUUUGUUGCAUUACGCGAGUCUCGAUUUGCCGGAAUCAUCAAGUGGGCCUCCAGUAUCACCUACUCCUGUUCAAGAUGGAUUCAGGUACGCAGAAAUAGAUUUUGCUAAGCUCAAACAAAAUUAAUUAUCAUUAUUAUUAUUUAUUUAUUUAAUUAAUUAAUGAUUAAUUAAUUAUUUACAAUGGAAUUAAUGCCAUUUAGUUUUAUCGAAGACUUCCGGAUAGUUUAGUCGAGAUUUUAAUAUUUUUAAUUUAUCAGGUAUAUAUAUACAUAUAUAUAUAAAUAUAUAUAUUGAGUAUAUUUGUAUAUAGUUCAAGUAAAUUUAUAAACGUGCUUUAAUAUUAAUUAUUAAUCUCUCUCUCUUUUUCUGUUUUUUUUUUCCCGCGUUUAGUUCUUAGACUCGGGUAGAUUUUAAUUUUUUUCUAACGAAAUUUUGUUUAUUGACGCGCUUAUAAAUAAAUUUAUAAUACGAGUGCUUAAAAGUUAGAAAUAAACUGAGAAAAAAGAAAAUAAAAUAUGAAGAUUAAAUUGGAAGAUAAGAAGAGUGGGAGGUUAAUGUCUAUGUGAAGAAAACCCGUACGAUAGCUCUAAGUCUUAUAAAUAUUACUAUAUAAAUAUAUAAAUAUGAAUAUAUGUAUAAUAUUAAAUAUAAUAUUAAUAACGAUAAAUAAAAAUAUAC